AUGAGCUUGGACAAGGAGAUGGUCUCGCAGGAGGUUGGCAUCGAUGCGACCGCCCAGGAUGACUGGGAUAUGCAGCGCUUGGGCAAGACCCAACAACUCAAGAGAAAUUUCCGUUUCUACUCGAUCUUGGGUUUCACCACAACCUUGAUGGCCACAUGGGAGUCAAUUUUGCUUACAAGUACUUAUGGUCUGACUGACGGCGGUCGAGCCGGCAUGGUCUAUGUCUACAUCGGCUCGUUCGUGGGCUUCUUUUCCGCCGUGAUCUCCAUGGCGGAGAUCUCGUCCAUCUCCCCAACAUCCGGCGGACAGUACCACUGGGUUAGUGAAUUUUCCUGGCCACGGUACCAACGCUUCUUGAGUUAUCUCACCGGAUGGCUGUCGGUGCUGGGCUGGCAAGCCGCCUUUGCCAGUAUCUGCUACCUGGUCGGUACCUUGAUCCAGGGACUCUUGGUCUUCAACUACUCAGACCCCUCCGGCUGGGUGUACGGCUAUGAACGCUGGCACGGCACCCUCCUUACCAUCGCUAUCGCUGCUGUCGGAACCGUGGUAAACACCUGGGGCUACAGGAUUCUGCCUCCUAUGGAGGGUCUUAUCCUCGCCAUUCACAUUUUUGGAUUCGUUGCCGUCAUUGUUCCCAUGUGGGUGAUGUCCCCCGGGAAGGCAACUGGGCAGGAGGUUUGGAAGGAGUUCACCAACUCAGGCGAAUGGCCGACCAUGGGUCUGGCUUGUCUGGUGGGCCAGCUGACCCCAAUCUUCUCCUGGACAGGUCCGGAUGCCGCAACACAUAUGGCCGAGGAGAUCCAAAACGCGGCCUUGGUCGUGCCGUGGUGUAUGGUUUCAACCGCAUUGAUCAACGGAGCACUUGGAUUUGUGAUGCUCAUCACUUUGUUGUAUAAGAUGGGCCCAUUGGCCGACGUCCUGGCCCCGGCAAGCGGCUUCUCCUUCCUCCCCGCCGUGAACCAUGCGACUGGAUCGGUCGCUGCUACCAACGGAGUGGCUGCGAUCAUUCUGGUCAUGGAGACCUGCAGUGCUAUCGGUAUUCUUGCCACCGUCUCUCGCCAAACCUUUGCCUUUGCUCGUGAUGAUGCUCUCCCCUUCUCGAAGCAAUUGGCUCAUGUGAAUCGCUCAACUCAAAUUCCCGUCUGCUCAGUGCUGGUAUCAACCAUCAUUACCGUGCUGCUGAGUUUGAUCAACAUUGGAUCUACUGCGGCCUUCAACGCUGUCGCAUCCGUCAUGAUUGCUGCUCUUUUCACCACCUACAUUUUGCCAAUCGCAGCUAUCAUUCGCACUCGCUUCCAACCAGGCGGAAUCCCCCCGUCGCGCUUCUCACUUGGUGCCCUGGGCUUGCCCAUUAACGUGUUUUCUCUUCUUUGGCUGUGCUUUGCUAUCAUCUUCACCUUCUUCCCGACCGCAAACCACCCGACCCCCGUGGACAUGAACUGGUCUAUUCUCGUGUUUGGAGCGGUCGUCAUUUUCUCUAUCAUUUUGUACAUCUUCCAUGGCCGCCAUGUAUACCGGUCUCCCGUGACCCAGGUCCGCAAGGUUGAGUAA